AUGGCUUCUGAGUACCGGAUACACAAGCCAUACGUGCUGGCAACGCUGCCGAAGCCGCUGGACCACACCAAGGGAAACAUCGUGGCCAGGGAGGUUUAUGGCCAGCGGGACGGCCAAAAGAAGAGGAAGCGAACGGAGCUCGUGGUGGGCGUUGACGGAGAAACAACAAGCAUCUACGACGUCCCUGCCUCACGAUUGAUCACCUCAUACCCGAUUCCGCCCCAGGAAUCAUUCACCUGCCCUCCUUACUCUGUCAGAGUCCGUCGCAACAACAGCAGCGAUGCCCUUCGAUAUACGUUCAUCGCAACCACCGAUGCGGGUGCUCACAAGAUAACUCUCUUCAAAGACGUGGCGCACCGCGAUGGAAAAACGACGUCGAACAGCGUAUCCCAGGUCCUCAACACCUCCGCGGUCAAGUAUCUCACCUGCUCUUCGCCCUCGAACGAAGCCGCCAACAUUGGCGAGAUUAUAGCCGUUUGCGAAGAUGGAGAGAUUGUCUGCCUGUCUGGGGAAACCCUGGCCAUUCAGUGGACUUCGUCAUCCAAGUCAAUGGUUCAGGACUUGGUUGCUACAUCCAUAUCAGAAUUUCACAUCGAAUACGCUUUGUCGGGCAGCACGGCCGAGUUCACUGAAGGCUUGUUCAAGAACCGACCCGAGGUCUUCAGCGCGCUGCCAAAGUCCGCUGCCUCGCACGUGGAACUUUUUGCUCUCAUCUCCAAGAGCUCCAGUCAGGAUGUGGAGAGUCGACACUUGAUCAUUCUGGCAGCUGUAUCUGGGGAUGCAUCGGCGCCGGCGGACGUCCAGCACCUGGUCCCUCUCGACAUCGUACCCAUCACCACUAUCGCUAGUCAAGUCAACGACGCGUCGCCUGCUUAUCAAGUGGACGUGCAGUCUGGCCUUCUUCUCCAGCUCCAGCAGGGUGCCAUCGGCGUCUAUGACCUGACUGGAGCUGUCCCCAAGCUCAAGUCAACCAUUGAGGCGGAGAACGCACAGUCUUUUGCCCGCCUCUUCAAGCCAUUCAUCCUCGCAUCUUCACUGACCUCUAUCGGCCUGUACAACUACCAAUAUCGAUCCGUUCAUUCCAAGGCCACACUGGACUGGUCCGAGGUCCCGACCGAAGGCGCGACGCCGCGGUCAUGCCAGCUGAUUAGCUAUCUGCGGAGCCAGGAUCUCGUCGUCGCCCUAGUGGAGAACAUCCUGGUUACCAUCCAGGUGGAACCGCCAAAGAAUUCUGGCAAACGGAGAAAGGAAGGCCUUUUGAUCGACUCGAUCGGGCGGGGCACCGGCCUGGAGAUUCCAACCAAGAGGAUCAGAUGCGAAACUUCGCUUGAAUUCUCUAAGCUAGUUCCAGGAACUCUAACCGAUGACUACCUCGCUCAGUUCCAGACGGAGACGGAGGCAGCCGAUAAACUACUUGCGGACAAUGAGCUGGGCAAGUGGGAAGAGAUCUUGCGCAGCAAGUUUGGCGUGUCCAAGAAGGGCACAACUCAGGCAAACGGCGAGAAACCAAAGGCCCAGGAGGGCUCAGACGCGCAGGAGUUGCCUGAGUGGGAGUGGCUCUCGGGGGCAUCGUAUCCUACUGCCGACCGCAGAUGGAUCAUCUAUGCUAUUAGUCAGGUCUUCUCGGUUGACACCAAGGCGGAUGGAGACUCGGUACGACCUGAGCUGCGCCUCGUCUUGCCCGAGAGCAAUGUCACUACGUAUCUGGUGGUCGCCGGCCACCUCACCUUGUCUAACCUGCGAACAGCCUUUAGGGAUGAAUUGGCCCCCGAGGCAUCGGACAACCGCGCCGUAGCGGGCGACUUGAUUCGAUGCCUUGCGGACGCCGAUCCCUCGCUGACCCUCCUGCUCAACUACUUGCAGGCAACGAAGCUAGGCGAGGUCGAGCUCCUGCUUGCCAUUCGGGCACUGAUGCUCAGCAUGGACUUGAUUCCCCAGAGCAAACGGGAUACGACCAAGCUCUUGACAAGCGAGCCGCACCGUGACAGCGGCAACGACAACGGCGAUGGCAACAAGGAGGACAUUGAGAUGGACCUGGACGACCUGGAGCGAAAGAUUGCAGUGACGGAGCACUACCUCGGCGAUGACUCGAGUAGCCGUUCUCGUGGGCUGACUCUCGCAUUCACCAAGCUGUGGCGGUUGCCGGCACUCAACACGGUCAAGGCGCUCCGGACGACGGUGUCGACGGACGACAUCAUGUCACUCAUCUAUCUGCUGCGGGUGGAACUACUGCGCGGCGCGUGGACCUCUCUCUAUAUUGACCCUACCGCUUUUGACUCGGAGGGCAAUGAGCCUCCGCCUGAUGGCGUCAUUGCCCUGAUUGCCGACCUCCUUGGCCGAUGCCUGGAUGCUGUGGGAGCUGGCGGAUGGCUGUUCAAUGAUGCCAUCUCGUGGGCAGACAAGGCUGAGGCGAGCGACUUCCUGACGGCCCUACGACUCGAGGUGACUGCCGCACUAGAGGGCAUUGAAGAGGCGGUCUUCCUGAACGGCAUCCUGAGCGAGACUGUGCGAUUCGGCAACGCGGUGCAGAAGGGCAGUGCAGCCAGGCAGAGCAAGGGCCCGAACAAGCCGAUCCUUGUCCACUUGGAGAACAGGGAGUCGCGACUACUGCCACUGGGCUUGAAGACAAAGUCGUUGCCUACGAGGGAAAAGGUGGUGUCUGGAGGUGAGGUGGUGCAGCGAAGCGUUCGAGAGACGGGACACCUGAUCAGUCAGAAGGUGGAUGCUUACUCUUUGGAGAAGCUCGCUAUCUGA